GCAGUCUGCCGCCCCAUCUUUAAAUAAAACCCCAAUAUUCUCUUUCAAACCCCUCAAACAUUUUGUGCACAAUCUUUCUUUUCCCUUCUUUUCCAACCAUGGCAAUAUCAAAGCUACAUAUGGAGAAAUACAGGCCCAAACCAGGCAACAUCAUGAGCUCAAUCAUCAUGUAUACAGUCAAUACAGCCGCGAAAAUGCUCGUUUCGGUGGCGGCGAGUGCCAAGGCGGAUCUGAGCAGGAGGUGGAGGCCUGCGGACCAUUUGAGGUUCAUGGGGAUGCUCAUGACUUGGGUUACUGUUUGGUUUCUUAGGGUUUUGAUGGACUAUGUCCCUUUUGUUUCUUUAACAUCUAGCCCUCAUAAACUUCUUGGAGGAUUGUCUUCCUUUGGAUUGUUUGACUUGGCACUACCGUGUGGAACUUCUUCUAAUUCUUCUUCAUGGGAUUAUUUCCUGAGUGAAGGAGGUGAUGAUCCUUCUCUUGACGGCCUCGGCAGGUCUCUAACGCACAUACUUGAAAUAUUGAAUGACAUACCAGCCACGUCAAGGAAAUACCAAUUCGCAAUGGCAAUGGCAGACAAAAUCAUGGAAGGCAACGCACGGUACGGUAACGUCGAACUCAUGGAGGUCAAUCGGACGGCAUUGGCUUCAGCAUUCUCACGCACAUCCAGCCUCCUAUACCGUACACUCCAACAAACAAUCGAGCCCGAUGAUUCUGCCACGUGGACUUCACUCAUUGUUCGGAGACUUCCACUUGGGUCCUACAUUGCGCCUUACAUGAAGGGACUCCAUUUCUGUCUCAAUUCGGUUUCUACGGUGAUUCAAACGCUAGGGACUUUUAAGGAUCAGCUGAUUGAGAAGUCGCGCCGGCGGAGGCGGCCUAGGGGAGCGAGAGAGUGGGAGAUUGCGGAGGAGGAGUUGGCUGAGGUGGCGGCGGAGAAGCUUGGGCAGGAGCUGCUUUGGAUUACUCAUAAACUCAAGGCUUAUGAUGCUGUUGGUGAGGCUUUGGUGCAAUGGAGUUUCGCUUCCGGUCUCGCUUCGGUUGCUCUCUCUGUUGACUCUAGAAUUCAGAGCUUCAUUCUUAAAAUUUCAGCAAUAUUGUUUGUAGAGCUUGUAAGAGAGGACUUGAUAGUUUCGCAGCAAGUGAAAUACAGGAUGCUGGUUCUGUGGCUUCCAUUGCUUUGCCAUGCAAGCAAUGGACUAACAUAUCCAGUCCUAACAAGUUAUGAGAAGGCAGAAACAGAGAGAGCCAUGGACGAAGCCAUCAUGAGCUUACCUGCCGCAGAUCAAGAGGUUAUUCUCAAUAAUUGGAUCCAAGAUUUCACAGUGUCUGCUUCGGAAUGGCCAAAUCUUCAAACUUCCUACGAUCAUUGGUGUGAAUCUACUCGCGAACUUCUUGCUUGAAUCAAGUGAAUAUCAUAUUCAUACGACACUUGAAACUUCAACGGCAUGCAUGCACGUGCUAGCUAGUUAAUUAGGAUGAAUAA